AUGGCUCUUACGGAGGUCUACGGGGUAGAUGCCAUCUGGCACAACCAAUAUGUUGGACCAGAAACGGAUUUUAUCGGUAUUAGGAAACAAUUCGAAUGUGAUAUCAACGACAUGAUCUUGUUGGUUGCAAAACAUGUAGCAGAUGGAUUGUACGAGGUUAUCAGUAUGAAUGCUUCGGCUCAUUCCUUGACUGUCGUUUGUGGUUGUACGAAGAUGAGGCGGGAUUUGCCGCCGGAUAUGUUUGCGGAACCAAGUAUGUAG